AUGGCUGAAUUAUGGUUCAAUGGUGAUUGGAAUCAGCAAGCUUUACAGAAUAUACUGGAUAACAAAACUUUACAGAAGGUUAUGAAAAGCAGCAUUGAUAGAGAAAGUAAAGAUAUCCUGAUUGUGAAAAAGGUGUCCCAGUCUUUAUCUGCAGCCAUUACUAACUGCUGUUUUCCUCAACAUAGAGUCAGUUGGAGUAAAUGUGUGUGGAAUAAAUUCCUAUCCCCUUCAAUGUCAUUUUUAUCUUGGAGAUUACUCCAUGGCUUUCUGCCCACAGAUGAUAUACUGAAGUUAAAAGGUUUGAGAGGUCCUUCUAAAUGUGGGUUAUGUAAAUCCCAUGAGGAAACCAAUAAGCAAUUAUUUUUCCAAUGUUCCACAGUUAAAAAGGUUUGGAACUGUUUAAUUCCCAAACUGAAGUUAGAAACUAUUCAAUUGUCCUGGAAUGAUUUCUCCCUCAGCUAUGGCAAUGAAGAAGGAUUGGCAGGACCAAGACUUACCCCCAAUUUUUGUAUCACUGCUUGGUUUAUAUGGAUGGCUAGGAACAAGAUUAAAUAUGAAGACAUCUGGGUGGCAGCUGCUACCAUUGCUACCAACUGCAUCAGCUAUUUGCAGAAAUUAUAUUGUCAUGGGAAGCUUCCUGAUAUCCUUCACAGUACAUCCCAUAGUCUUCCCAGAAAAAUCAAGUAUGCACUCAUCCAUUGGGAUCCUCCACCGAAAGGGGGAGUUAAAGUAAACACAGAUGGUAGCUUUUCUACUCCUUAUGCUGGUAUUGGAGGGGUGUUCAAAAAUAAUAAUGGAAAGUGUUUACUCUACUUUCAUUCUCCUGUUAUUGCUAAGGACCCUUUGGAGGCUGAAACAGUGGCUAUUUAUUGGGCUAUGUUUAUGGCCCAAAAGUGUAGCUUCACAUUACUUAUCUUAGAAUCUGACUCCAGGGUUCUUAUCGAUAUGAUUGAAGGGAGCUUACCUACUCUUUGGUACCUGUUGCAGUGGAUUGAAAUGAUUCACUCCUUGGGAGAGGGUAUUAGAUCCUCAUACUCCCAUAUAUUGAGAGAAGGUAAUAGGCCUGCAAUUGGCUAG